CUCUUAACCACCAACAACCAUGCCAAAGAUAUCUCUGCCUGCUCUGCCUGUAUCUGGUCUCUUUGGCAUUAUCAAACCAUCGGGCCCAACGAGUAUGUCCGUGAUUCAUGAUCUUCAGCAGCUGAUCGGUAGGUCCAAGUUGUUCGUGGAGGCAGAAAAGCUGGAGGCAGCCAAAAACAACAAGGCCAGUAAAAGGAAAGACAAGCGCUCUCGAGAUGCCGUGAAAAUUGGACAAGGGGGAACACUCGAUCCCCUCGCAGAUGGUGUUUUAGUGGUUGGUGUCGGCAAAGGCACGAAAAAGCUUAGCGACUUCCUAAACUGUACCAAGGAAUACCGCACAACAUGUCUACUCGGUUGCGAGACCGACUCUUACGAUAGCAAAGGCUCGAGGGUCCGUCUUGCGCCUUGGCACCAUGUAACACGGGAACAAGUGGAAGCCGCUCUUCCCAAGUUUAUAGGAGAAAUAUCACAAGUUCCUCCGAUAUUUUCUGCUCUGAAGAUGGACGGUAGACCAUUGUACGAGUACGCACGUAAAGGGUUACCCCUUCCUAGGCCCAUCGAACCUCGGAAAGUCACAGUUCAUUCAUUGGAACUCGUUGAAUGGAAAGGCCAGGACCAUACGUUCCGUUGGCCAGAGAAAUCGUUCUCUGAAGCAGAAAAAAAGGCGAUGCAGACAGCCUUGGAAGGUGCCAACGAACCUGUAUCUCUUCAAGACGAACCUGAAUCAGAUGUGGACGACAAAGUUCCUAUUGCCUUCGUGUUGAAGAUGAAAGUUUCGGGGGGAACAUACGUGCGCUCUAUUGUCCACGAUCUUGCACAUGCCAUCGGCUCUGCCGGUCAUGUCGUCACUUUGACACGUUCUCGCCAAGGACGUUUCGUUCUUGAAAAACCAGAGGAAGAAGAGGAUAGAACAUGUGUCCCUUGGGAAGUAAUCGAGGCUGCCUCUGCUGGUUCUUGUGAGGUCGAUGAAGAAGGGUGGACGAAGUGGGAGAGGGAAGUCAUCGAGCGUCUCGAGAUCGUAUGAGGAAACCCUUUUGUGAUGUGCACGCGGUCAUGCCAAUACAUAAUCCUUCUCACAAAA